UAUAUUAGUAUCACUACUCGAGUGGAAAGACAACCAAUGCGGAACAAAACGGAUCAAGUUGUUAACAAGAUCAAAAAUACCUAAAUGGAAGUCAAAGAUGAAAAUUAUUUCAAAGCUGCUUUCGCAAAAAUGCACAAAUCGUUACAGGAAGGCCUAUUUUACGAUGUUACGCUGAGAUGUGGCACAACAAUUAUCAAAGGACACAAGGUUGUUCUAUCUAACUUAUCUGAUUAUUUCAAGAAUAUGUUUCUGUAUAAAACAAAAGACGAACAAGAUGAGAGUGAGGAAUAUUCAGUAGACAGGAGCAUUAUCAAGCCACAAGUCAUAGAGCUUAUGGUUAAUUUUGCAUACACUGGCAGAAUUAUAAUAAAUGAUAGUAAUGUCCAGGAUCUUCUCAUUGCGGCUAAUUUUCUACAAGUUGAUUUCGUUUCAUUGGAAUGCGAGAGAUUCAUGGUUAAAAAAAUUGACAAAGAAAAUGUAAUAUCUUUGAUAAAAUUUGGAUGUCGGUUUAAUCUAAGUAUACUGCUUGAUGGAAUAUGCAUGUUUGCUUCAAACUAUUUUCAUGAGCUUUCAGACAUGGAAUCGUUUUUGGAAUUGUCUAUAAAGGAAUUUGAAUCCAUCAUUGAUAAUUACAAUUUCACAGCCAUGAAAUACAAUAUUCCAGUACAUGACCCCGAAAUCUGUAUUUUCAAACUUGUUGGGAAGUAUUUGUAUAAUAAAACACUGGAAAAGCAUGAUCAAUUUAAUAAUGCAGAUGUAAAGACUUUAUUAAACACGAUUCGUUUUCAUGACAUACUCGAUCUUGAUGAUUUGAAAGAAUUCGUUGAAACACAUUCCGUUAUAAAUGUUCCAGACAUUAGUAAUUUACUAAUGAAUCGUCCCAAAAAUAUGUCAAAUGUUCGAAAAUCUAAUCUAAAAUACAGAAAAUAUUCCAAUAAUUUCAAGACAUUCAUCAAAGGGAGACCAUUUAGCGAUCGUUGCACUGGGGCGUAUAAUGCAGGAGAAUCCACAAGUGGUAGCCAUAGUACCGGUAUUAACGAUAGACCGAAGAAAGUAAAGCUCCACUUUAUAGGGCGUGGAUUUAACCAUCUUUCAACAUUAGUUAGAAUAUCGAUAGUAUACAAAAGCGGCGAAAUAGUUUCCCAUGGACCAGUACGCUACAAAUCCGAUGUCGAACAUGAGUUUGAUCUUGACGACCAUGAAGUAAUCACAAAAGUGUUUUUAAAAUAUGGAACAUUUAUUUUUACCUUGAAAUUUUUGACAAACUAUGGCAGAAUUUUAGGCCCUUUUGGUGAUGUUUACAAUAGUUUUCCAUGGAGAUCCGAGUCAACUUCUUCAACAGGUUACUUACAUUCUUGUGUGUCAAUACAAGGUAGAAAUAACCAAACAGACUAUAUAGAAGGUCUUAAAUUUUCCUGGGUAACGUAUUGUACAGAACAAAAUUGUAAAACUUGCUCGGAAGGUUUUGAUAGAAAUGAUGAUAAAUAUUAGGAGUUGCACCAAAGACCUGGUAUGAGAGGGGAACUUUAUUACCUUAGCUUUAUUAUGUAUAUCUUAAUAUGAUUACAUUUUGGUGAAGACAACAGUUCAUCUAUGAUGAAAUUUAGAACAAGAACAAUGUCAGUUAAAGAUAAUGAAAAUAACCAAAUUUUGAUGUAAAUAACAGAUUUUUGAUAGCUGCCUUUAAAGAACUAUUCACAAUGUCAACUGCGAGAUAAGAAUCGUGGAUUCCAUGUAUUGUUGUUUUUUUAAACUGGAUAAUCUGAAAAGUUUGUUCUGUAUAUUAGGGAGAAAUAUUUUAAUAACUUUGGCUUCUAGAUAACUAUGACCUUUUUAAACCAUCUAUGAUAUACGUAUAUUGUCUAAGGACCUAUGUUUGUAUGCAUGAUAUCAUAAGUUCAUUACUAGAGCUCUAUAUUUAUCUUCAUAUUGAUUCGGUAAAAUUCAGCAGCAAGUCACAAUUUGAAGCAUUUGGGCCAGUGAGCGUCGCAAACCUAUUUGAAAAUACUUUUU